CUAACUUGUCUUCGAGAUAUUUAGAAUUGUUGAGGGAACAAGCGUAAAAUCUCUCCCAUACUCUACGUUUUUAUUACGAAGUACCGUACCCAGGUGAACGCACUACGGCCCGGAGAAGCAUCAUGCCACGAAACGAAAGCAGAAAGCAAGUGGGCUUUGCUACCCAUAUCACCGCUGGAGGGAUGGCUGGUGCCAUGGAAGCUCUAUGCUGCCAGCCCCUCGAUACCAUCAAGGUCCGCAUGCAGCUCUCCAGGUCUGGGCGGGCACCAGGGGUACGUCCAUCCCAGACUACCUUUCCACCGAAGUCUGACGGUUAAGGAACUGACAGACAAAACCUAGAGGAUUUAUAGCGACAGGAGCCAUGAUCGUUCGGCGAGAAACACCCCUUGCGUUGUACAAGGGGCUCGGAGCUGUAUUGUCGGGGAUCAUACCUAAGAUGGCUAUUCGAUUUGCAAGCUUCGAGACAUACAAAGCGUGGCUUGCUGACAAGGCGACAGGGGAAACAAGUGUCGGCAACAUUUUCAUAGCUGGUCUGGCUGCGGGAACAACGGAAGCGGUCGCGGUGGUGUGUCCAAUGGAAGUGGUGAAGAUCCGUCUUCAGGCACAGCAACAUUCGCUGGCAGAUCCAAUGGAAAUGCCACGGUACCGCAAUGCAGCCCAUGCUGUCUAUACCAUAGUCCGCGAGGAAGGUGCAACGACCUUGUAUAGAGGAGUUGGCCUCACUGCCUUGCGGCAAGCUACUAAUCAAGGCGUAAACUUCACGACAUACCAAGAACUUAAGAAAUUGGCAUAUAGAUACCAACCUGAAUUAGCAGAGCUUCCGUCAUAUCAGCAUAUGGUAAUUGGGCUCAUAUCCGGCGCAAUGGGUCCGUUCUCCAAUGCUCCGGUAGAUACGAUCAAGACACGGCUACAAAAAGCAACUUACGAAUCAGGGACAUCCGGAUUUCAAAAGGUAGUCGCCAUUGCACAGGACAUGUGGAAGCAGGAAGGCUUUCGAUCGUUCUACAAGGGAAUUACUCCACGGGUGCUUCGCGUAGCUCCGGGUCAGGCAAUCGUAUUCGCCGUCUACGAGAGAGUAAGAGCGAUCAUAGAGAAGCUGAAUGUGACGCCGUCUCAAGAUCACUACACGGAGUAGCAAGAAGAGUGAGAAGAGCGUAGUGUACUGCUAGUGUCUUAUGUAAUCCAAUAAUAGCC